AUGAAAUCCUCAGUCCUCGUCAUCGGUGCCGGUGCUGCAGGUCUCUCGGCCGCCAGGAAACUCAUACGCGAAGGGAUUCACAACGUUAGAGUCUACGAGGCUCGCGAUCGAAUAGGAGGGAGGAUAUUCACCAAACAAGAGAACAUCAAUUGUAGGGACCAAGGACUGCCAAUAUUAGAAUUCGGAGCCCAAUGGAUUCACGGUCAGCUCGGAAAUCCCGUUUUCGAGAUAUGCGAGAGCGAAGGCUUGCUCAGUGAUGUGCAGGAUCCACUUUACGCCAGGUUCCACCAUUGGCAACAACUUGAUGAAACUCAGAACGAACUCGCUCGUGAAGUCGCGGUUUACUGCGAGGCUGCCAUCGAAGAGAUCGGAGCGAAGUCUGCGGAGAGCUCCCAGACAUCCCGAGAACUCGAUGCUCGCUCUCUAUAUGAUUUUCUAGAGAAGAGAAUCGAGAGUGACUGGCUCAGCAAAGAGACAGAUGAAGGGAGGAAGAAGACGAUCCGUUCCGUUUUCGACUGGGUUGUGCGAUAUGAGAACGAAAUCAAUGGAGGCGAAGCUCGAAGAGUAUCCGCCAAAUAUUUCGGCGAAUAUGAGGAGCUCGGAGGCGACCCCGUUACCGCCCUGGGCCCGCGCGGAUACAAAGGCUUCCUCUCCGUUCUCUCAGAGGGUAUUCCAGAGUCAAAAAUUAACCUCGGAGUCGAAGUUACGAAAAUUGACUACUCAACGCCAGCGGCCAAAGUCACAUCGACCCUCGGCGAGCAAACCUUCGAUUUCGUGAUAUGUACAAUUCCGCUCGGUGUUUUGAAGCAUCGGGAGUCUGAAUUGUUCUCGCCGAAACUCCCCGAAGAGAAGCGUCAAACGAUCGGAGCGCUUGGGUUCGGGGUGUGCAACAAAAUCUACCUCGAGUUCGACAGCAAGCAUGUGUUCUGGGAGAACGGCGACUCUUUUCAAAUACUCUGGAAGGACGAGGUAGCAGAAUCGGAGAGGAGUUGGAUUCACUGUUUGAGUCGUUUUAAUUCAGUAGAACGACACCCGAAUGUUUUAGUAGCGUGGGCUGUCGGGGAGAGCUCUUGUUCGAUGGAAGACGACUCCGAUGAGGAAGUGAUCCAGAAGUGCCAUGAAGUUCUCAGCAUGGUCCUUGGGAGAAGAGCGCCGGCUCCAGUCGCUGUUCAGAGAUCCAGCUGGUAUUCGGAUCCGUUCUCAAGGGGCUCUUACUCUUACAUUUCCACCGCCUGUGAUGAAGAUGGCGCGCACCCCUUGUUACCGUCCACUUUAGCGAAACCCCUCGAAGCCGCAGGGAAACCGGUUGUCUGUUUUGCGGGAGAAGCAACUUCGGAAAAGCAUUUCUCGACGGUUCACGGUGCUUUUGAGAGCGGCCAACGAGAAGCGGAACGUAUCCUGAAGUACAUUCAGGAGCAUCCGAGCAGUGUCCGGUCGUCUACGUAUAGGAGCGCGGAGCCCGGGUCGGGAGCAUCGACCGAAGUGCUCGAGAAACUCGGUCCAGAGUCUUGUCAUCUCCGAAGCCACCACGACGUUAUCAUCAUCGGCGCGGGAGCGGCGGGCCUAGGCGCAGCCUUGCGACUCAACGAAGCGGGCAUCGGAUUCAAAGUUUUGGAAGCGCACAGCGAGGCAGGUGGCCGUAUCCGAACGCAUCGUGCAGGGGACGCCCGUCUGGAACUCGGAGCUCAGUGGGUGCAUGGCGAGGAAGAUAAUGUUCUCCAUGAGUACUGUCUGAGGAAAGACCUGCUGACGGACUCGAAAACCGACCGCUCCUUCGAAGGCAAAGGCAUAUUCCUUCUCCCGGACGGAAAUGCGGUGCUGGAAGAAACAAUCCAGACCGCAGCCGGGAUUCUCCGCGAUGUACAGGAUGAAGUGUUCUCAAUCGGCGACUCGGCCGUUAAGCAAAGCGAAACCGUCAAGUUUAAAUCGAUGGGCGACUUGUAUCGAACCCGCUUCGAAGAAAGUAGACCAAGGGGGCCUGACUUCGAUUCUGUCAUGAGAGCCGUAAUGGAUUGGUUCACCAAAUUCGAGAUCGUCGACAAUGCUUGCAAAGACAUCGACAAGCUAUCUAUAAGAGGAUUCGGCCAUUACAAGGAAUGCUCGGGAAAUUAUUACGUUAAUUUCAAAAAUGGUUUCGAUUCCUUCACGAGAGCGAUUCUACAGUCCCUUCCUGGAGACAGCGUACGAUUAUCGACCCCCGUGAAUCACGUCGAGUGGUCGGAGAAGUCCAAGAUUCUCAAUGUUGUCACGGAGAAGGGAGAGCUUCUCACCUGCAACCACACCAUCCUCACGCCCUCGAUCCGAGUCCUCCGAGAUUUCGACGUCCGACCUGCGCUGCCAUCGUAUAAACUAGAGGCUAUCGACUGCUUCGGUUUCGACACGAUUGACAAAAUUUUUCUCUACUGGGAAAAGCCAUUCUGGGCCCCGGACACGCUAGGAUUACAGAUCCUUUGGCCAGAAUACGACGAUGAGUUCUUCAAGGUUCACGGAGAGUUCCUCCGAGGCAUUUACGGUUUCGAAAAAGUGAAUCACACAGACAACUAUCUCCUCACUUGGAUAGGCGGAAGCGAAGCCGAAGCGAUGGAGGCGCUCCCGGAUGAAAUCGUAAUAGAUGGUUGCUACGCUCUCUUGAAGAGAUUCGCUGGACAAGUCUUCGAUGUGUCACGACCCUCUAAAGCUAUCCGGUCGUCCUGGAGCUCGAACCCCUACGUCAAGGGCGCCUACAGCCACAGGGUAUUGAGCUUCGAUGAUGUGCUCGAUCCUGUCGAAAAACUCCAGAGACCCAUCUGCGAGUCAUCGGAUGGGCGAUUCUACGCCGUGGAUGUCGCGGUACCAGAGAACGUGUUACCAUAUCCGAGUCCCUCUUAUUUCCAGACCCCACUGCUACUUUUCGCCGGAGAAGCGACCGAUCCGAAUUAUUUUUCGACGGUACAUGGGGCUCUUCGGUCAGGAUAUCGGGAAGCUCAACGCAUAAUAGAUCAUCAUGAGAAUAGGUGA